GUUUAGAAGUGCGUACGCGUCCUUGGGCGUGCGGUGUGACGAUGUAUCGUAAAAUAUUAGAUAUAGCUCAUGCGCCGUAUGUUACGUGAGGUACCCAAUUACGAGUUGACCCACGCGGAACACGGGUGUGACGAUCAUUCCCGUGGAUGGCGCACCUACGUCGCGGUAAUUUGUGAUUACAUUAUGCGUAACGUGCAAUGAGUGAUAAACAGGGUGUACCUAUUUUACCACCCCUUAGUCGGGGUGCGGCUAAUAAUGGCGGAAAUAACGGAAGUUCAGCUCAACAGACUGUCAGUCUGCAGCAAGUUCUCGCUACCGCUCAAGGCCUCAAUGUGCUUGCUACUACCAGUGGGCAACAGUUUGUUAUUACGACUCAGGUUCCUGGUCUCACACAGGUCAUACCGAAUAAUGCUACAACUAACGCGAGCGGAACGCAACAAGUUACAAGGAUCGUUAACAUCGCGGGUACACCACCGCGCAACGCUGUCGGAAUUGUUGGCACGUCGCCUCCGACAGUGUCACGGCCACAGAACUCUACUAAGCUUAUGUUGACAACGUCGCCGAAACUUGUACGCACUUCCAUAAGCAAUGUGUUUGUAGCACCAACGUCAUCGCAGGUAUCAUCGCCGCAGGUGCAGGUGCAAUCGCCUUCACCAGCGAGGAAACGACUGAAAUUAUCGGAAACGACGGAGAAACCGAUUCCAUUUGACGCCAGCGACUGUCGUAGACGAAUAAUGGAACAUAAAAUGCGGCGGAUGCGCAGCAUACGUGAGAAGUAUGCGGAAAAUGCAUCGGAACUGUUCUUUCUGCACACCGGUGGCAACAUGAUGGAGUAUUAUGCCUGGCGGAAGCGAUCUCCGACGCCGCAGUUAGUACACUUUCUGCGUCAGCAUCGACUCGACCCGGAUAACGAUGACGAGGAUCUGACUGCGCCACUGUCGUCUAUACCAGAAUUCUCGCAGCUAUCUGCUGUUACAACUACUGUCACCACUACUACGACCGUCACUAGCGCUAUUGUCACCGCUACGACCACUGUCACAACCGUCACGUCCGGCUCCACAGUGGUCCAAAUCCCGAAUCAAAGAGCGGAGGUUAAAAUCGCUGGGGCGGGCGUCACGCCAGUAGCGGUGUCCACCACCUUGCCUGCUGCGGCUCUAGCUCAACUCAGUCAAGGUGGAACGUCGGUGGUUACAGACUCGUCGAAACUGACGACCACGGCCGCGAGUUCGGUGGUAGAAAAGUCGUCGCCGUCUAUAAUCACUGUCGCCACCCCGAAAUCGUCUGUGACUACAGCUGCGCUCAAUAGUCCACAACCUAUCGUUAAGCUCGUUAAGUUGUCUACACCCACUACCAUAACUACUUCCUGUGAUAUCUCGAACAAUCAGGAGCAAAUUGUGGAAAAAGCUAAGCAGGAGGCGUAUGUAAUGCAAAGGAUUGCAGAACUGCAACGCGAGGGAUUAUGGUCGGAACGGCGAUUGCCCAAGGUGCAGGAACCGACUCGAACCAAAGCCCAUUGGGAUUACUUGUUAGAGGAAAUGGUUUGGUUGGCCGCUGACUUCGCUCAAGAACGUAAAUGGAAGAAGGCAGCAGCGAAGAAAUGCGCGAGAAUGGUGCAGAAGUACUUUCAGGAAAAGGCGAUUCAAGCACAGAAGGCUGAGAAAUUGCAGGAACUUCGGCUGAAGAAAAUUGCCAGCUUGGUCGCAAAGGAGAUUAAAACUUUCUGGACAAAUGUUGAGAAAUUGGUGGAGUAUAAGCAGCAAACGAAACUUGAAGAAAAACGGAAGAAGGCAUUGGAUCAACAUCUAAACUUCAUUGUGGGUCAAACAGAGAAAUAUUCCACAUGGCUGACAGAAGGUCUCAACAAGACCGACGGUCCACAGAGUAUUCCAGCUUCCAUAAAUAGUUCACGUAUUUCUUCACCAGUCCCAGUGGGAAAAUGUCAUUCCGAUGAGGAAUUUCAACCAAAUCAGAGUUCAGACGAUGAUGAGGAGACUAUAGCUAAAGCCGAAGAGGAAAUGAAAACGACUAAUCACAAAGAGGAAGUUGAGUUGUUAAAAAAAGAAUCAGAAAUACCUUUGGAAGAUCUUUUGAAGGACUUACCACCAGAUUAUUUGGAGCAUCGAAACAGAAGUCUAUCGCCGAAUAACGCAACGAAUGAAGAAGAGCAAAAUGAAAAUGAAGAAACGGUUGAUGCAGAUGUAGAUUUUGUCGCAGCGUCUGGUGAAUCCACGGAUGAAGAAGAUACGAUCAUGGAAGAGGAAAGGCUCGAGGGAGAAAUCGAUCAUAAGCGAGAACUCGAUGAACUUAAGGCUGAUAAUGAAAUGUCUAUCGACGAACUCGCGGCCAAAUAUGCUAAUAUGUCGGAUGUGUUGAUGGAUGAGGAUGAUGAGGCUGAAGGCACGGAUAAAGAAAGUAGCGAACGGGGAACACAGGAGACCGAAGACCAAAUAAGUAGCAACGAGAGUGAAAGUGAAGAGAGUGAUCACGAUAGUGAUGAAGAUGAGACUCAGACUCAGAGCGAUCCCGAGGCAGAUGUAGGACUUCAAUCGCUUCUCGAAGACCCUUCCGCGGAAAAACAAUUGAAGAAUAAAGUUGCAGAAGAUGAUAAUUCGGACGCUCAUAAUGAAAUGGAUAACGUUGCCGCGUUGGCCGAAAGCAUCCAGCCUAAGGGAAAUACAUUACUUACCACUAGUGUUGUCACUAAAAUACCUUUUCUUCUGAAACACUCUCUUCGCGAGUAUCAGCACAUAGGAUUGGAUUGGCUUGUCACGAUGUAUGAAAGAAAGUUAAACGGCAUUCUGGCUGAUGAAAUGGGUCUAGGUAAAACUAUACAAACUAUCGCGUUGUUGGCGCAUCUGGCCUGCGAGAAGGGAAACUGGGGGCCACAUCUUAUAAUCGUGCCGACUUCUGUGAUGCUUAAUUGGGAAAUGGAAUGUAAAAAAUGGUGUCCUGGAUUUAAAAUACUGACAUAUUACGGCACACAGAAGGAAAGGAAACAAAAGAGAACAGGUUGGACAAAACCAAACGCCUUCCAUAUAUGCAUUACGUCCUAUAAAUUAGUAAUACAAGAUCACCAAAGCUUUAGACGAAAAAAAUGGAAAUAUCUUAUCUUGGAUGAGGCGCAGAAUAUCAAGAAUUUCAAAUCGCAGAGGUGGCAGUUACUUUUAAACUUUCAGACACAACGGAGAUUACUUCUUACUGGCACACCCCUUCAAAACAAUUUAAUGGAACUAUGGUCGCUUAUGCACUUUCUUAUGCCUAAUGUCUUUCAGUCGCAUCGUGAAUUUAAAGAGUGGUUCAGCAAUCCUGUAACAGGCAUGAUCGAAGGAAAUAGCGAAUACAACGAGAACAUAAUCCGCCGUCUACAUAAGGUGUUGCGGCCUUUUCUUUUAAGACGAUUAAAAAUUGAAGUAGAAAAGCAAUUACCGAAAAAAUAUGAGCACGUGGUCAUGUGCCGUUUGUCAAAGCGUCAGAGGUUUCUGUAUGAUGACUUCAUGUCGAGGGCCAAAACGAAGGAAACACUCGCCAGCGGGAAUCUGUUGAGUGUGAUUAACGUAUUAAUGCAACUACGAAAGGUGUGUAAUCAUCCAAACCUGUUCGAGGUUCGACCGACUGUUUCGCCAUUUCAAAUGGAAGCGAUUGAGUUCGUAACCGCUUCGUUAGUCUGGAGUGUGCUUGAUUAUGAUCCCUUCAAGCACAUCGAAUUGUCUAGUUUGAAUCUUUUGCUGUUGAACUUGGAGUUGAUGCUCAGUGCAUUUGUUGCACAUAGAGUGAAACGUCUGCGGACGCCUAGAAAGUUAAUAGAGGAGAUAGAUAGUCAACCGGAGCCGCCGCCGAGAUGUCCGUCUGGCCGGAUCAAGAUCAACGUUAGAUUAUCAAAUCAAGCGAAGCCGCAGCAGCAACAGCAAACGCAGACUAGGCUAAAGAAUCUGGCUGGCGUAUUACCCACGCCAAGAGUGGGUACGUCCUCCUUGAUAAAGUCAUUAAAUACCAGCCAGAGUGGUCCGGGACAAGGUGUUACAUUGAGAGUUGCUGGUGGUCAACAAUUGCAAGGUUAUUCCCUACAACUGGUGCCGCAUCAGGCUGGUGUGAAAGCUUUUCCUAUGGCAACGUUGGGGAAUAAUCCACAAAGUACUAGCGUAACAACUACCACGACAACGACAAACGCGCAAAGAAUCACGGUGGGAAACGCUAGUAUCAGAGAUGGCAUUCAAAGACUGGCGACACAAACUGUUACGGUCAAACAAGGCGAUUCCGUCCAGAGAAUAGCAGUACCUAGUUUUGCGCAACUGGUUCAAACCUCUACCGGCAGACACUUUAUUUUGACGCCGAGUCAACAGAAUACUAACACAGUCAUGACAUCAAGCGGAUCGCGUUUUACGGUGCUGUCUAAAUCGAUAAUGGGUUUGGCCACAUCGGGUGCUACGGCGAUGAACAAGGUUGUCAGCGGAGUAGUAACAACGCCAAGCGGUCGACCCAUCAUGAGAGUACCUCCUCUGAACGUAACAGCGUCGCAAUCAUCACCAAGCGGAAACAACAGCCAACAGACAGCUAACCAGCAACAACCGCAAUCUAUACGUGGUAUUGUUACUAGACAAGCUCAGAAAGAGAUCGCGAAAGUGCAGAACAAGGAACAGCCCAAAUCCGAAUUUUAUUUGCCUCAAUUGGAGGAGGAAAGAAGACAGAGAAGACAAAACAAAUUACAUCUCCUCGCAGACAUCAAUGAACGAAGAUGCGCGGCGUGUCCACUUUACGGUGAAGAUCUGUUUAUGGCUUUAAGAAUCGGCAAACCUAUGACAGCCUGUCGCUGGCAUGAUGGUUGGAUGCAUUGUUCAAAGACUCGAGAAAAGAUUCGUACACGUAAAGAGUUCUUUUCACACACGGAAGCACUUGCGGAAGCUAUCAAAAGCACGGAACAGAUUGUUGAAGAGCUCAAGGAGGUCUUUGAAAGAUAUGUAGUCUACGUGCCGGCUGUACGCGCUCCAGUCCCUCGUUUCCAUGUGUCUCAUCCGCCGCCGCACAAGUUAUGGAAUGACCGCCGUCUAUGGACUGAAUUACAGCAACAAAUGUCGUUGAAAUUAUCUCUCUUCCAUCCAAUUUCGUGCCACAUGCUCACACAGUUCCCCGAUCCCAGACUGAUCCAGUACGAUUGCGGCAAGCUGCAGUCACUGGAUCGUCUGUUGAGAAAGCUGAAGUCUGAAAGUCAUCGAGUUCUCAUAUUCACGCAGAUGACCAGAAUGCUCGACGUAUUAGAAGCCUUUUUAAAUUUCCAUGGACACAUAUAUCUGCGACUAGAUGGUACAACUAGAGUAGAUCAACGUCAGGUUUUGAUGGAAAGAUUCAACGGCGAUAAGCGAAUAUUUUGUUUUAUCCUGUCGACGAGAUCUGGUGGUGUCGGUGUGAAUUUGACGGGAGCGGACACAGUGAUAUUUUAUGAUAGUGAUUGGAAUCCUACAAUGGAUGCCCAGGCGCAAGACAGAUGCCACAGAAUAGGACAAACGCGAGACGUACAUAUCUACAGAUUAGUCAGUGAAAAAACUGUUGAAGAAAACAUUUUGAAGAAGGCAAAUCAGAAACGAUUGCUAGGAGAUCUCGCUAUUGAAGGCGGCAAUUUUACCACGGCGUACUUCAAAAGUUCUACUAUUCAAGACCUGUUUAACAUCGAUCAAACUGAGAACGAUGCGUCAGCGCGAAUGGCUGAAGUGCUCGAACAGAAUCGGGAUCGAGAGAAGGCCUACAGCAAGGAAAUGACAGCGGGACCAUUUCAAAGUGGUUUUUCAGGACAGCAUACGGAAGAAAAGGCAGCGAUGGGUGCUCUUGAGAGCGCUCUCGCUGCUGCUGAAGAAGAUCUUGAUGUUCUGGCUGCAAAGACUGCGAAAGCAGAAGCUGUCGCCGAUCUCGCUGAAUUCGAUGAAAACAUUCCACUAGAAGAAGCUGAUAAAGACGACACGCAAGUUAGCAAGGCAGAACAGGAAGUUCAAAAUCUGAUUGCUCAGCUGACUCCAAUAGAACGAUAUGCGAUGAAGUUUGUCGAGGAAUCCGAAGGUGCUUUCUCCGCGGCGCAACUGGCCGCAGCCGAACGGGAACUCGAGGAGCAGAAGAAGGAGUGGGAGUUGGAUCGGUUGCGGGCAUUGCGCGAGGAGGAGGAACGGCGUAUGCGGCUUGCCGACGACGAUGAGAAGCCACUGACAUUUGGCCGCGAGGAUGCGCAGAAUCAGGUUAAUAGUACUGCCGCCAAGAGCGGUUCCAGACGAUUAGUUAAUAAGAGGCUAAUAGUACCAAGUAGAAGAAGUUUGCGUAGACGUGGCAGUAAUAGGAGACGCGCGCGCGAUUUGUCAUCAGAAAGCGAAAAUGAAACUACUAGCACCGAAUCUGAUUCGGAUUCGGAAUCACAGGAGGAGGACGUGGUUGAGGAUAGUCUUGACGAGGAAUCGAGUCACACAGAGAGUCAAAGUCAAGGGGAUGAGGAGGAAGGAGAGGAAGGCGAAGAGAAAGAUGAGAGCGACGAGGAGGAGGAAGAAGAGCAGGAGACUGGCGAAGGGAACGAAGAUGGAAGGACGAAUAAUCGCGAUGAUUCCGAACAUCGAGGGGGUUUCUCGAGACGGAAGGGUCGUCUGGCAGGCUCGGGCUCCCGUAGUCGAAAUCAUUUUGAUCUGAACAGUCCACGUACUAGAUCGCGUGGGAAUGUUAAGAUCAAUCUCUGGACUUUGGACGUGAGUCCUAUCCUGCCCGGUAUAAAGCCAAACUUUCGCCGGAAACGUAAAAAAUUUCAUCGCGCGAAGUCGGAGAAAAAUCGUCUCGAAACCUUCUCAUCAGUUGAUGUGUGUCGUAAAAGAAGUAUUCGGAUUAACACAAGCGCUAAGAUAUCUGUCAAUUCCAAUCAGAAUUCAAAACUCGAAAUCAUCGAAAUAAAGGAAACGGAUCGAAAUUUAUCGAAGGACAAGCGAGAUUUGAAGGAUAGUCGCGAUCUCGCAUCGUCCUCGAUCGAUUCGAACAGUGUGGACCGAUGUAUUGCUGAUUUUAAUACGGAACAAUCUGUUGGUGAUCGCAUGGAUUCGACAUUAGUCGUAAAAACACAAUUAAACAGAAAGUUGGAGCUGACCUCUGAUGUAGUGGAUAGUCAAAAUGUAAAAAAAGAAAAAGAAAGAAGUGACGAUAAAAAUACGAACGGCACUAAUUUAAUUGCGGUCUGCUCCGUUCAGGUGACGCGAUGUUCACAUAAAGUUAUGUCCACGACCUACAGAAAGCUUGAACCUGAAGUAAAUCGUAACGAGGAUGCAGAGAACCUUGACGUGAAUGUCAGCGUGAGGGAUUCUCGGUCUCCUUCGAGCACGAUGCAACCGGAUGCGUCUUUGAAACGCUCGAAGGAGACAGUGACCAAAUCCAAGUUAGAAUUCAGCGCGUCAGCUAAUUCUUUGUGCAACAACAUGCGAGGGAAAUUGACCGCUGCCGCACCGAGAGAAUCGGACAGAAGUGUCGAGUCACCCUCUAGUCGUUCGGCUCCUCUUUUACGAUCGAAAACGUUGCGAAAUGAAAGUCCUGACACGACCGACACUGUCUCUAAACCUGUCGCGAUAUCCCGUGUUUCUACCGUGCAGAGAAAUUCCAAGAUUAAUGUAAAUACUGAUGAAACUCGUAGUAAUGUGAUCGAUGAUAAAGACAAGGACAACAGCGAUGAAGUUAAUGAUGAUGCCGAGUCAGCGAUAUCCCUGGUGAUGCAAAAAUCGGAUCAAAAAUUUAAUUUAAAAAGCGAAAAUUCAGACGCUUUAUCACAAGUAUCGGAAAAAGGAAUAAGUGACGCGGCAUCGAAUGUGCCCAAUUCUUUAGUACCUUCGGUAAAAAGCGAAUUUAAUUCAAGUGAACCUAAAUGCAAAAUACGAAAAGUAGAAAACAUAAUUCAGCGAAGCGUAAUAACUCGUAGCUCAAAAAUUUCCUCAACUGUCAAUCAUUUAGAAGAAAAUAAGACACGAUUGAUAAACGAUAAGAUUGAUUCAAAAGUAUCGGAGCAUUCGCAAAUGAAAACGGGUCAGGGAAUUCGUAGAGCCGACAAUUUAAUUGCGGAACAGAGCAGGAUUACGCGAUCAGCAAGUCACUCAAGAACACCUCCACCUAGCAAUGACGAGAUGAUGACGCAACUUUCAUCAAAAUUGAAACGACGCUCGGAUACUCCUCUUCCGCGACCGAUCACAAGAUCCACCGUGAAUUUUCCUGCGAGACUCGAUACGGUACUGCCCAGCCGAGUUGAAAAGUAUACGACACGGAACUCGAAGCAGUAUCAAGACAAUGGCCUGCCGAAUUCUCCAAUGCCGUUCAGACGUAGUAGAUCGAUACCGCCAAUGAAACCGCGGGACUCGAAGGAAGGUUCGACGACAGUCGUCUCAACAAAACCCCGUCCAGACACGCCUCGACCUAAUAUACCGCCCGGUCACAACAACGAUCAGGUACAAAGGGUGACGCGCUCAGGAUUGCUCUUGAAUUCCACACUGUCGACGAAGUCACCGUUAUCUUCUCUCGCUUCAGCAUUUAAAACAAAUGUCAAACGGGUACGAACCUCAUCGAUCAGCAGCGAAAACGAAAAUACUGCGAGUGAGAAUACUGGAAGCUUGAUGUCGCAACCCUACGAGAAGCCUCAAAGAACGGCCAAAGUUGUAGCCAUUCUCACUUUAGACACGAGGAGUAUCAGUAGCAAGACUUCAUCAAGUCAAUCCAAAUCCAAUGUUAAUUGCGAGACGAAAAUUCAGGAUAAAGAGAUAUCCAUGUCAGACACGCUGAGGGAACAAGAUGCCAAUCAUGAGGACUGCAACUCGUCUGACUUAAAGUCCAGGAGGUUGCGUAAGGAAACGAAGCGCGCCAAAACUAUAUCAAAUUUGUUGGAAGAUGAGGACGGUUCUAAUGAUGUUAGUGAUGAAGAUCCGCAGAAGAGAUUUCGUUCCUCGCAGAUUUCCCCCUCGCCCUCCUCCUCCAUCACAACGACGCGAUCCGAAAAACUAAAGAGCACCACAAUAUCUUGAAUUUGGUUAUCGGAACACACGCUGGAGCAAAUGCCAAUGUGGUGUCCGCCAACACCUCCUACAACGGAUAACGAUGUAUAUAUCGAUUAUUCUCUUGGAUUUUUGUAUGAAAAUAUCCCCAUGACAGAGGCUCAACUGCCGCCGAUUUACGUGAAGAAGGAUCGGAACAGAACCAGAAUCGAUAUUGGUAUCAUUGAUGAUGGUUGUCGACCGGCGAAAAUAAUGCGCCAUAAGGAGGAAUCCGUGUUAGCGCCAAGGUCACUCUUUGAUCGGCCGUCACCGGCAUUGAUGAAGAUGCGUCGCGACAUGAAGCUGUAUAAAUAUCGCGCGAUUGUACGUCCCCCUAUGCCGGUCUUGAAAACCUCAUCACACGUGACGAAAACCUCACCGGAGCCGGAUCAAGCUAUGGACUGGUUGGUCUACGAGGAAUGGGGCUUGUUACAUUCCAUCCAAAACUAUCAGAACUUACCACUAAACACGAUGAUUCUCUCGCCCGCUCAUACGCCUAAUUGGGAUAUGGUUGCCGAUUCCAUCAACAAUGGCACACGUUUAUAUAGAUCACCCAAACAUUGCAGAAACAGAUACGAAUCUGUGAUAAUACCCAGGGAGGAGGGUAAACUGUUGUACGACACCACGCCGAAGAAACAGAAAAAGCAGAAGACGAGUGUUUACAAAACGCUGCCAGUCUCUGAGCAACAAAGCAAGAGUAACAGAAUAAUGAGAACAUCGCAAUUACACAAUCAGGACAGAAAUGGCUCCUUUACGUCGACAGGCAAUCAGAGAUAUGAAAUCAUGAAGUCAGUUUCUAACAAGCGAACGCCUACCGUAAAACCAACAUCUAUCGUGAAUUCAAUGAUGAGGAAUAAUCCGAACGUUGAUGUCCCUACCGACCACAAAAUACUGGUCGAUAAUCCAUCAACACCGAUUGAAAUUGCUACGCGUCGUGCUGAUAGAAUCAAACUAGAGAAGCUAAAUAAAGUAUCACAGGUUUUAACGCCGGAACAACAACAACAAGUUGCAGCACGACUCUUACAACAUCAGCAGCAACAAGCCGCCCAACAGCAACAACAGCUGAAGCUACAGCAGCAGCAAACUCAACAACAAGCUGGACAGCAAGCAAUCGCAAACUCUGUUGCAUCUCAAAUUCAUCAAUUGACACAAGCAACGGUACCUAGCACGAAGGUUGCGACUAACGUGAGUUUGAGCAAUGUAACAACUACAACGGCAGCAGCCACUACGGUGGUUAAGGCUCGACCGGGAGGAGGACAAAUACAAGACGUGAGAACGACGUCAGCAAACGUGAAUAUCCAGCAGGCAGCUCAACGAACUGCGACGAGUUUAGUGUCUGCUGGUCAAACUUCCGUUGGUGCGGCAAGUGGUCAAAAGGGAGGCCUAGUAGGCGUCACGAUGGCCACAGCAGCAUCGGGAAAUAAGAUUCCAACGCCAGCACAGGUGCAGUACUAUAGGCAGCAGCAGCAACAACAGCAGGUAUUAUUGCGACAGCAGCAGCUUAAAGUAUUGCAGGCUCAAGCUGCUAGCGGUCAAAAAGUGUCUGUCGCGGUAUCGGCUACGGCGGCAGCAGCGGCAGCGGCACAACGAGCUACUUUGAUGAAGCAGGGUAUUGGUUCCGUCGGUACUGCGGGUGCCGCAACACCGCAGACCGCUGUGGGCAAACCAACAAUGACUAGACCAAUGUCCGAAACUGAAAUAGCUACUGCGUUACUGAAACGACAGGCGAUGCAGCAACAAGCGAAGGCGGCUGUUGCCGCAGCGGCCGCGCAAGGGCAGGUACCUACGCCAACGGGACUUACACCGGCACAGAUCUUCGCUCAGGCUGGUCUGCAAGUGCAACAAGCAGGGACUUCCGCGGGCGGUACUCCGGUAGCGACACUUGUGAAGACGACCAAUGUGUCGAGUGUUCGCACUGCGACUCCCCAACAGAUUCGACAGCUUUCACUUCAUCCGCAGAUUAUCACGCAGAGAAAACUACCGGCACAGAAAGUCGCGCAGUUAGCUCAAGUCGCAAAUAAAGCUGGCGUGCAAACGCAACUGAUCGUGCAACCUACUAAAUCGUUACCUACAACCAUGACGGUACAACAAAUUCAUCAAGUGAUGAAACAUGUGCAGCCCUCGACGAUGCAGCAAUUUAGUCACGUCUCCACGGGGCAAACGGUGUCUCAGGCUAGUCAGGUUGUAUUAGCUAAAUCACCGUUGCAGACUCGUGUAAUACCAGUUGCACCCGCAUCCCUGAAGCAAACUAUUCAAGUGGUGACUGCCAGCAAUCCUCAGCUACGACAGUCCACGCCUAUCCAAGGAAAACCUGUUACUAGUGCGGUAAGACGAAGUCCUGGUCCAGGGUCUAGCCCUAGUACAAGCACAAGUCCGGGUGCGGCAGCUUCCGGUUCCACAGUUGUUGCGGGUACCAGUCCUGCCGUAGGUGCUACUUCCGUGUCCGCCUCGAAUCUAACUUCUCCAUCUGUUCUUGGUCAAGUGAGAUUACAAACCUUAACACAGCAAGUACAACAACAGCAGACACAACAGCAACAACAAACUCAACAGGAUACUCAACCAAAAUAGCUUUAUUUUACGAUUGUAUGGCGAUCGUUGAAAUUGUAUUGGGAAAUUCAGAAACCAAAUUGGUUUCACAUGUUAAAAAGUAAAACAAAUUAUUACAAUAAUAAAGGAUAGAUAUUACAAUGU